UCCCGCCAGCAGGGUGUGGCCCACACGCUCACGCGCCGUCGUCUCUCCCGGGCGGAUACGUCAGUCUCCCUUCUCUCUCUCCUCUCGCCCUACGCCGACGCAACGACCCAGACGCCAACCUCGUCCGCCGAAGGGAAGCCAACGUUGUCCAAAUGGCCAGCAGAGGAACUGUGAAAGCCAGUGCAAACUUCAAUGCCAAUCAGGAUGCCGAGGCCCUGUACAAGGCCAUGAAAGGACUUGGUACGGAUGAGGAUGUCAUCUUGCAGCUGUUGACAUCUCGCAGCAACGCCCAGAGGCAGCAGAUCAAGUCUGCCUACAAAACCCUUCACGGAAAGGAUCUGAUAAAUGACCUGAAGGGGGAGCUGGGUGGCAAAUUUGAGACCGUCAUCGUGGCUCUGAUGACCCCACCCAUCACCUAUGAUGUGACUUUACUCCGCAAUGCCAUUAAGGGGGCGGGGACAGAUGAGAAGGUUCUCGUAGAGAUUCUGGCCUCCAGAAAAGCCCAGCAGAUCAAGGACAUCGUAGCUGCCUACAGAGAGGAUUAUGAUGAUAACCUGGAGGAGGACAUAGCUGGUGAUACGUCAGGACACUUUAAGAGGCUGUUGAUCAUCCUGCUUCAGGCUAGCAGGCAGCAGGGGAUCCAGGAGGGAACCAUCGAGAGUGAUGCUCAGGCCCUUUUCAAGGCAGGAGAGGAGAAAUUUGGCACCGAUGAGCAACAAUUUGUCACCAUCCUGGGCAACAGGAGUGCAGAACAUCUGAGGAAAGUGUUUGAUGCCUACAUGAAGCUGACAGGAUACGAGAUGGAGGAAAGCAUUCAGAGGGAGACUUCUGGAGGCCUGAGAGACCUGCUGCUUGCCGUAGUGAAGUGUGCCAGGAGUGUCCCAGCCUAUUUUGCUGAGACUCUGUACUACGCCAUGAAGGGGGCUGGGACUGAUGACCAGACCCUGAUCAGGGUGAUGGUGUCCCGCAGUGAGGUGGACAUGUUGGACAUCAAAAGGGAGUUUAGGAGGAUGUUUCCCAACUCUCUGCACUCUAUGAUUAUGGGCGAUACCUCUGGCGAUUACCGCAACACCUUACUUCUACUCUGUGGAGGGGACGACGCCUAAUGGCAACAAGCAGGAAAACAGCAACGCUUGAAGGGCCUCCUCUUUAAGUGGACCCACGGGCUGUCAAUCACUCACUGACUCAAGGACAAGGAAGGAUAAAGGUUUGAGUCAUCGCAGCAGAGCUCAGUUAUGAGUGAGAGACGGUCCAUACGGUCUUUUAAAAUAUCAUUCCAAUAUAUUACUUUCAACGGUAGCUAACAUUGUGUUAUGUGUACACAUUAACGCAGCUUUUGGUCUGCUAUUUUUUUUAAUAUUUUGCAAGUCACAUUAAAUUAGACAAUGAAUAACAAUUAUAUAAAACACAUCAUCACAUUUUCCCCUGUUCUCCCUCCCGUAAUUGGUCUGCAAAUUUCUUCGGUAUGACGGAUCGUGCGUUUUUGAUACCAAAAUAUCUAUGAUUGUGUUUAUAAGCACUUUGUAUGGCAAAACUAAUAAAGGCAAUAAUAAAUGUGGCAACUGAUCAAGUUCA